AUGUCCGCUACGAUAGCGCAUACAGAUGGCCUCAACAGCAAUGCCAACAUUAUUUCACCAAUCAACAUGUUCUAUUUCCUGCUCGGUCCUGCCCUAUUGUUGUGGUUUUUUUACUGGCGCCUCUCCCGCCGCCACAUGCUUGAGCUAGCAGAAAAGAUACCUGGACCAAAAGGACUCCCAUUGUUAGGCAACGCACUUGACCUGGUCGGCAGUUCACAUUCCGUUUUCCGCACAAUUAUCGAGAAGGGCAAGGAUUAUAACGAGGUGAUUAAAAUUUGGAUUGGACCGAAGCUAAUCGUCUUCCUAGUGGAUCCGCGCGAUGUAGAAUUGCUUCUCAGCAGUCAUGUCUACAUUGACAAAUCGCCCGAAUACCGCUUCUUCAAGCCCUGGCUGGGUAACGGACUACUCAUCAGCACCGGACAUAAAUGGCGCCAACAUCGCAAACUGAUUGCGCCAACUUUCCACCUGAACGUGCUGAAGAGUUUCAUUGAUUUAUUUAACGAAAAUUCCCGUCUCGUCGUUAAUAAAAUGCUCAACGAAAACGGCAAGGCCUUCGACUGUCAUGACUACAUGAGCGAAUGCACAGUAGAAAUUCUACUAGAAACUGCCAUGGGUGUAUCAAAGAAGACACAGGAUCAAUCUGGUUAUGACUACGCUAUGGCGGUAAUGAAGAUGUGUGACAUUCUACACCUGCGCCAUCGCAAAAUGUGGCUGUACCCGGACCUAUUCUUUAAUCUAACGCAGUACGCAAAGAAACAGGUGAAAUUGCUCGAUACCAUCCAUAGUUUGACGAAGAAGGUUAUUCGCAACAAGAAAGCAGCCUUCGAUAAAGGAACACGAGGCUCUUUGGCUACUACCGAGAUCAAUACAUCUGAGAUUGAGAAACCUAAGAGCGAUAUCGGUAAGACAAAUACAGUAGAAGGCCUGUCGUUUGGUCAAUCUGCUAACCUAAAAGAUGAUUUGGAUGUCGAAGAAAAUGAUGUUGGUGAAAAGAAGCGUCUAGCUUUCCUCGAUCUUUUGCUGGAAAGCGCAGAAAAUGGUGCGCUAAUUUCGGACGAGGAGAUAAAAAAUCAGGUCGAUACAAUCAUGUUCGAAGGUCACGAUACUACGGCAGCCGGUAGUAGUUUCUUCUUGUCGAUGAUGGGAGUACACCAACACAUCCAGGAUAAAGUAAUUCAAGAACUGGACGAUAUUUUUGGUGAUUCGGAUCGUCCGGCUACAUUCCAAGAUACUCUAGAAAUGAAAUACCUCGAACGAUGCCUUAUGGAGACACUGCGUAUGUAUCCUCCGGUACCGAUCAUCGCUCGAUCGCUCAAACAGGAUCUAAAAUUGGCUUCGAGCGAUCUGGUGGUUCCAGCGGGAGCUACCAUCACCGUCGCUACUUUCAAGCUACACCGAUUGGAAUCAAUUUAUCCGAAUCCUGACGUCUUUGAUCCGGACAACUUUCUCCCUGAAAAACAAGCAAAUCGCCAUUAUUACGCAUUUGUGCCAUUUUCCGCAGGUCCAAGAAGUUGCGUUGGACGCAAAUAUGCAAUGCUGAAACUGAAAAUUAUCCUCUCUACCAUUCUCCGCAACUUCCGCGUACACUCUGACCUGAAGGAAGAAGAUUUCAAGUUACAGGCUGAUAUAAUCCUGAAACGGGAGGAAGGCUUCCAAAUUCGCCUUGAGCCACGUCAGCGCAAGUCAAAAUCACUGUAA